AUGGUACGGAGAACAUGGUGCGGACACGCAGCGGCUUCUGCCGUGCCACGGAUGGGCACGCCCGUCCGGGGAAGCACCGCGGCCUCACAUAAGGCGAGCGCGAACUGGAUCGAUGACGGUGUCGACACUCGACUCGGCUCCGGAGCCGAUAAUUAUGAGAGUAGUCUGGAAAUAGCGCGAAGCCGCGCCGACACGUCGGAUGCCGCCGACGGGAUCGCCGCGGAGUGCGGAUCACAAAUCACAUCGAGAGGUACCGACAGACCUCCCGGCUACGAAGGCCUCCUUAGAAUUCCGGCGCCGAUUCGGGAGCAACGCCUCGGCUCGGCCUGGAUGCUACCAAAUGUCCCCCAAAUGCGCAAUUAUCAGCUG